AUGGGUCCUGUACCGAAGCGGCAUAAGAAGCUUCAUUUCAGAUCAGUUGACGAGGUGUCUUUUGACUUCGCUGCCCGCGAAGAUUAUCUCACCGGAUUCCACAAACGCAAACAGGCGAGGAUAAAGCAUGCCCAGGAACUUGCUAUUGAGAAAGAGCGACUGGAGAAAAUCGCUGAGAGAGCAAAGCUCCGGAAACAAAGAAAGGAAGACUUGGAGAAACAUGUUGACGAGGUCAACACAGCACUCAGGAAAGUGAAUGGCGAUCCAUCAGAUGAGUAUGAAUCGGGAGACAGCCAGAAUGAGGAUCGAGAUUGGAAUGGCUUUGGAGACGAUGUACCUAUGUCCCGUGAAGACGAGUACAUUGAUGAAGACAAAUACAUCACAGUCCAGGUCGAGGCUGUGAAUAUCACGAGGGAUGGCAUGUUUAACGUGGACAUCGAGCCUGGAGAUCAACACGACGAUAGAAUAUCUACUACAGCCAAACACGAGGUCGGGGAGGAUUUGAAGAAGCGAGUAUGGACCAAAGACAAGCCUACAAAGGAGAAGGCAAAGAAAGCCAAGCCUAAGUUUCGAUAUGAGAGCAAAGCGGAGCGCAAGAUAACGAGGCACAAGGAGAGAUCAAAGAGCCGAUCACAGGCGAAGGCACGGAGAAGCUAA